AUGGACUUGAACUCGGCGUCGCAUCGAGAGCUGCAGCAGUUGCCCGGCGUGGGCUGCGUCACGGCACAGUUGAUCAUCAAGUCACGCCCGUUUACUUCGGUACAGGAUCUGCUGUCCGUGCAAGGCAUCGGCCCCGUCAAGUUCACAGCCAUUGUCUCUCAAAACCAAGUCUACGUGGACGAAAGCACUUUUAACACGACAAAUGCUACGUCGCGUGCUGCUCAAAUUGACCUGAACGCUGCGUCAAGCCGUCAGUUACAGCGGCUAAGAGGGGUUGGGCCUGUCUUGGCUCAACGGAUUAUUGAGGCGAGACCGUUCCACCGCAAGGAAGAUCUGUUGGCCGUGGAAGGCAUUGGCUCGAAAUCCUACCUCAAGAUGCAAGAGCAAGCUCACGUGCCGCUGGAUGGUGCAGUAUUUUUACAACGACGGAUAGACGGUGAAGAUGGGAAUGUUAAAGACUGCAGGUCGGAAGUGAAGGAGCAGCAAUUCUACUUUUGCCGGGAGAUUGAAAGAGAUGUGCGUGGAAACGUAUUCCCGACGCGAGGCCGUGAUAACGGUGACAACCGGGCGUUGAUUGUGGGUAGUUGGAACAUUCGCAACAUUUCUCGACGAAAAGAGACGUCCUUGCUGCAGCGUAUCGCUGACGUCUUGAGCGAGUUCGAUCUUGUCGCGCUGCAGGAGGUGCGGGACUUGAUUGUGCUCAAAAAGAUGAAGACGAUGCUGCCUGGGUGGAACUAUGUGGUUUCGAGUCCCGUAGGAGGCAAGGUAACGGGAGCCAAAGCAAGGAACGAGCGGUACGCUUUCUUUUUCCGACGUUGCAUGGUUCGACUUGUUGACAAAUGCUCGCUGAUUGAAGACAAAAGCGACGUGCUCACAAGGUUACCAUGUAUUGCCACUUUCCGAGCAACAAGGCAGUCGGGCGUAUCGGACCUAGAGCUUUCAUUGAUAAAUGUACAUGUCUUUUUUGGUGAGAAAGCACGUCGCCGCGAUGAAAUUGCGAAGAUCAAUCAGUUGGCGAAUGAGAUGAGCGUCUCCGCUUGCGGUGCAAGAAAAGUAGUGGUGCUGGGAGACUUUAACUUGUCGCUGCAGGACGUAUUGGGCAGGUCUGGCUCGGAUAAGAUGGCGUUGAUCCGCUCACCACUUUCUACAACGGUAUUCGGCAAAUUAUACGACAAUAUCUGGCUUGACCGCAGCGACUUUAGUGGCCCGCAGGUUUACGACGGCGAGCGAAGGUAUCGUGUGGCCAGCGGUGUAUUACGCGUAGACUGGCAAUACUAUCCUUUUUCAAAGGGCAGUCGACAUUGUGUUCAAGGCUCGAUGGAUACCAUGCCUCCCCAGUUAAAAACGUACAUGUCGCGGGUGCAGUGUGGCUACGAGCUUUCGGACCAUUGUCCUGUGUGGGUAGCGUUUGCUGCAAGUGCGUGCUAUGAUGCAGUUGAUGGAAAAGCGACGUCAGAGCCGAAAUAA